UCCGCUAGGAUCCACUCUGAGCAAGCACUCAGUGGGGAACGAUGUCGCAGUCCUUGUUGAACUGGGGCCAUGGACUGUUCCCAAUUGCCCAACGAGUUGCCCGAUGCGCUACAUGCUCUUUCUCUUCGGCACGGCUUCCAGGAAGUGUCUCAAGCCUAGCGCAAGCAUAGUCUACCCCAGAAGACGACAUACAUGGUGCCGAGUUGAGCUCAAACCAGGCUGAAUUCCAGCUGAAGCAAAAAUGUCGAUGGGAAGAACCGCGCCACGAUGUGAGAAUCGUUCGCAAUUGUUUUUGCGGGAGAUACACCGACACCGCCAGAUUGGGCGGCAAAUGAAGCACUCUGUCAUAGCGAGGGUGCAGCUGCGUGGGAAACAUCGCAGGCCCAUGCUACCAACGCAAACAUGACAAAUCACGAGCACCGCAAUGUUGUGCGGAUUUGUAGCACGUAUGCACACAAAACACCGCAAAUAUGCGCAGAUGAUGUGGCACACAUGCAGGUAAAGACUUGGAACAAUUAGACCAUGAUACAAUGUGAAUUCGGAAAAGAGAAACAUGAGGAGGAAAGAAGAGAACAUGAGUACAGAUGAGGGGGAAGGAAAAUGAGGAGGAGGAGGAUCGAGAAGCGGGUAAGAUGAUAGUGGGACAAUAAAAAAGUUAAGGCCGAAUUAUGCAGGUGCAGAUGUUAAUGUAGUUGUCGGUGUAGAUGUAGAUGUUGCUUUCCUAGACGCUCCAACUCCAAGGUAGGGUUGCACUGGGAUAAAUUAAGACAUGUUUUAGACAUCUGAAGAUUAUUUGGCAGCAUGCUUCCUCUCCAUCAAUCGACCUCCACAACCCAAAGUCACCACCUCCCUCGCGGCCGCCCCCGAGAAGUCCAUGGCCGUCAUGAAGGCCACGGCGGCGGGCAGCAGGCACAGCGUCCCCGGCACCCCGGCGCGGAAGCCCUCCCAGCCGCCCGCGCACACGUCCGCCGAGGCGCCCACGAGCCCGUUGAGCAGGCAGGCGACGGGCCGGCCCACGGGCACGAGGCACAGCUGGCACUUCAGGAGCAUCAUCACCGAGGGAGGCCAGCCGCACCGCGGACGAAACGGGGUAUGGGUUCAUGUCGAUGUCCCUGCCCAAGUUCUCUAUGGCAAGCACCUGCGAGCUCUCCCCGAAGAUGUAGUAGCCGGAGACGCCAAAGGCAAGCGCACAGAAGAGCCACACGGCGACGCCCCAGCAGUAGGACCUCACGACGUUGUCCUUGCUCCCCAUGCUCGCGUACGUGGUCGGGAUGAUGCAGUGCGCGGCGAUGCAGAACAGGUUGAGGCUGAAGCCCCUCGAGAGCCCCCUGCCGCUCACGAGGAUCUCGGACCCCUCGGCCCACUCGGGCAAGCUGGCACCGAACGCCACGACAUGAGGCACAUCGCCACCAUGACGGAGGUGCCCGCCAGCAGCGACACGUACGAGU